AGCUGAGUAGGUCUUAUUAAAGACCCACCUUUCCUGAGUGCGGUUGAGUAUUUUUUUUGAACCAAAGGGUAGAAGCCCACUGGGAACGAGAGACGGUUGUGGCAAGAGCCAGUGGCCUGUUGGAGGUUGAACUGAACUUAUUACUACCAAUUCUAAUUCUACAACUUGUACCUCCACUAUGAACUGGGCGUUUUUGCAGGGCCUGCUUAGCGGGGUCAAUAAGUACUCCACGGCGUUCGGUCGUAUCUGGCUCUCUGUCGUCUUCAUCUUCAGACUCAUGGUCUUCGUCGUGGCCGCGGAGAAAGUGUGGGGUGACGAGCAGAAAGACUUCGACUGCAACACGCGCCAACCCGGCUGCCACAACGUCUGUUACGACCACUUCUUCCCCGUCUCCCACAGCCGGCUCUGGGCACUCCAACUCAUCUUCGUCACCUGUCCCUCGCUCCUGGUCGUCCUCCACGUCGCCUACAGAGACGAACGAGAGAGGAAACACUGUCUGAAGCACGGCGAGGGAUGCACCCGUCUGUAUGGCAAUACGGGGAAGAAGCGCGGCGGUCUGUGGUGGACCUACCUCUUCAGUCUGCUAUUCAAGAUGGCGGUAGACGGCGUGUUCAUCUUUCUGUUGUUUUACAUCUACGAUGCGUACUUCUUCCCGCUGGUGGUGAAGUGCUCAGAGGACCCCUGUCCCAACGAGGUGGACUGCUUUAUUGCCAGGCCAACAGAGAAACGAGUGUUCACGGUCUUCAUGGUGGUGAUAAGCUUGGUGUGUAUACUCUUGACCCUGUGUGAGAUCCUCUACCUGCUGGGGAAGAAGUGCAGGGAGUGUAUUGUCGGUGGAGGACCCCGUGCCAUCAGGGAGAGCCCCCAGUUCACCAUGCCAGCUACCAUACCCCUGACAGAGAAAGAUACCUCUGUGUUUAAGCAGUCUGAACUGAAGAAGAUGAAUAUGGCUGAUGGCGAUGGUGGACUGGAUAAGAGAGAGAGCCCUGCUCCGGGUUACAGUGUGAAUGUCUCUUAAGACUGUUAUCUUUCAUUCUGGUCCUGGAGACGCCAUAACUUGCGAAGGCUUUCCGUUCAAGCCCAGUAUUAAUAUGUGAUUAGAUGGAUCUAAUCAAGGCAUUGACGAUUAGUUGAUCAGUUGUGUUUUAGUAAGUCUAGUAGUAGUUAAUAGAUAGUACUGGUCUGGAAGAAAAGCCUAUGGAAAGACUACAACAUUGUGUCAUGUCUGUGUCAUGUCUGUGUCAUGUCUGUGUCAUGUCUGUGUCAUGUCUGUGUCAUGUCUGUGUCAUGUCUGUGUCAAGGCAAGGGCCACAUAUACUGUUCAGUGUGAGUAUAUGGGAUACUCCAAAAUGCUGUUUACAAAGUCACUGCCAAAAUGGGAAAAUAUUUAGUCGUGAUUAAUUAGAGAAUGACAUGCCAUCUGUUUUUUUUUGUAAGAAGUUUUCAUUUCAUGAAAUGUACAUUAUUUCUUGUAUUGUCUAGUUAUUGAUAUGUGUAAUAUAGUUUCAAGCCUGAUGAUUGUAGUUUGCUUGUAAUUUGAAAUAAAACAUAUUUUAUUAUGAUCUAUUA